AUGGAAGAACCAACUAAAACAGAUAUUGAUGCAAUUUUUAAACGAUUGAAAACUCUGCCUGCUAAUAAGACAUGUUUCGAUUGUAAUACUAAAAAUCCGACAUGGGCAUCAGUGACAUAUGGUGUAUUUUUAUGUAUUGAUUGUUCAGCAAGACAUCGCGGUCUUGGUGUUCAUUUAUCAUUUGUUCGUUCAACGAAUCUUGAUACAAGCUGGGGAUGGCUUCAACUUCGAGCUAUGCAAGUUGGUGGAAAUGCUAAUGCUGAAACAUUUUUUGAACAACAUGGCUGUCAAACAAAAGAUACACAACAAAAAUAUACUAGUCGAGCUGCACAACUCUAUCGUGAAAAACUUCAUCAACUUGCAACUAAAGCAAUGAAACAAUAUGGAACUAAACUUAUUCUUGAUGACGGAACUAAAACUGAACGUACAAAUUCUCAAAGUGAAAAGAAAGAAGAUGAUUUUUUUCAUGCACAUACUCAAGUAUCAAACUUAGCUAGUUGGGAUGAUAAUACAGUUGCUUCUUUACAUUCCAGCAAUCAAAGUCUUGAUAAAAGUGAUCAACAAACAGAAGGACCUUCUGUUGAUCCAAAUGUAUUUAAUAGUGAGGGAGGAACAAAAACACUCGAUCCAAAAAAAUCAACGAUCGGUCAACGUCGUGCACCUGCAGCUAAAAAGAAAGGUUUUGGUGCACAAAAAGUGUCAACUGAUUUUAAAGAACUUGAACGUAAUGUUCAAGAACAAGAAAAAUAUCGUGAACAACAAGCUCAUUUAGAACUUAAAAAUCGUGAAGAAACUGAAAAACAAAUGGAAAAACAAAUGGCGCAUAUGAAAUUUGCUUAUCAAGAUAUGAAUAAACAACGCGAUAUAGAAGAAGCAAAAUUAAAAGUAUCAAAUCCAAAAAAAGCUGAACAAAUGGAACGUCUUGGUAUGGGUUUUGGUAAUCGAACUGGUGUAAGUCAUAGUGCUAUGACAGAUAUGCAAACAAUUCAACAAGAAGGUGUACCAACAACAAGAAAUAUUUCACUUGCACCACGAAAUCGAGAUUUCUUUGAUGAAUUUGAACCUGCGGGUUUUAGUAGUCGUUCAAAACCGGAUGAUGAUUUAUUUAAACCAAAAUCGUCUUCAAAAGGUAUGGAUUCAUUCAGCGCUGAUUGGGAAGUUGCUGAUCGAAAAGCAUCACCAACAGAUUUUCGUUCAAGUGGAACAAAUAGUUCAUCCUAUUCUAAUUACGGUAAUUCAAAUAUGAAUAGCGGUGAUUAUAGUUCAAAAUCCACAAAUCAAUCAUCUACAUCAUAUAGUAAAGCAAAUGAUGGUGAUGCACAAAAACGUUUUUCCAAUGCUAAAGCUAUUUCAAGUGAUCAGUUUUUUAACAAAGAAUCGGACAAUGAUCGAAACAAUGGAAUGUCCCGUUUUCAAGGAAAUACAAGUAUUUCUAGUGAUGAUUAUUUUGGUGAUCCAAAUAAAAAACAACAAGAUCGUUCAAGUUAUCCAAGUGUAGAUUUAGCAUCAAUGAAAACUGAUUUUAAAGAUGGUGUAUCAAAAGCAGCUAAUAAAUUAUCUUCAUUAGCUAGUAGUGUUAUGUCGAGCAUUCAGGAAAAAUUUGAAAUUAUUAGUGAUUCGAAAUCAAUAUGUACUGUAAGAGCUACACAUUCAAAGGAAUAUAAGGGUCAAUUCAAAAUUAAAUUAUCAAAUCCAACUUCGAAACGUUUUAUAAAUGAAUCUUGUAGUAUUGAAUCUGAUCCUAAUACACCUCGAAAUUAUUUAAUCUAUAUAAAAAAUAAUGAGACAAAUCCAAAAACACUUUUUGGUCAAUUAUCCUAUGAACUUUGUAGUUAUAAUAAUUAUCUUUAUACAAUUAUUAUUGGAAAAAAAUUAUAUAAAGUUCGAAGUUGUGAUUUAAAAAAUCGUCGUUUAGCUAUUAUUGAUACAGUUGAACAAGUUAAUAAUUCACAAUCAGAUCAAUAUACAGCAUUACAAUGUCCUGAAACAUUAUUUCAAGUUAUUGAUUCAUUUUCAAAAACAAAUCAAACUUAUCAUGUUACUAUUAGUGAUAAAGAAAAACAAUUUGGAUAUCUAGCUAUUGUUAUUUUACUUGAUCUUCAUGAAUGUCAACGAAGUUAA